AUGUCAUCUAGUUGGACACCAGAUGAAUCGUCUGAAACGUUUCUCGCAGAGAAAGGCUGGUUGCAAGGAACCGUGGCCAGCUCCAUUGCAUAUGGCAUUGGUGUUACGCUGUUCUUUAUGUGCUUCCACCUCCUGAUCCGGCAAAUGACCCGCACGAACUACAAAAAGAGUCUGCCUCUACUCAUAUACAUCACCAUAGAUUUUAUCCUCGGCACCUUAUUUAUGGCAUCGCUGGCUGAUUUCACGCAACUCGCAUUCAUUCAAUAUCGCGAUUAUCCAGGCGGUCCGAACGCAUUUGAGAAUAACAUGUUCGGCAUUCCUGUGGACAUGCUUGGAAACGUCUGUGGUGUUCUGAUGAUGGCUCUUUCAGAUGGAUUGGUGGUUUGGCGCUGCCUGGUAAUUUACAGAGGGUGUAUUGUGCCAAUAUGGAUCAUCAUGUUGUUCCCUUGUCUGAUGUUCGCUGGAUCCAUCGCUAUGGGUAUAAUGUGGCUGCUUCAAUUAUCCAGCAGUUCCCCAUUUUUCACCUCGACUAACAUCAAUUACACCGUUCCAUAUCUCAGCCUCUCACUCGCACUGAACAUUAUCAUCACGAUCGCUAUCGUACUUCGUCUACUCACAUAUCGUCAUCGAAUUACCAAAGCUCUUGGCUCUAGGUUCGGCGCUCAGUACACGUCUAUUGCUGCGAUGAUAGUCGAAUCUGCCGCUCUUUAUUCUACAUUUUCGCUGGCACUUCUAAUACUCUUCCUUCUAAACAAUCCCAUAUCUGCAGCAUUUAUUGAAUUGCUGCCUCAGAUUCAGGUAGUUGCAAUGUUGCUCAUAGUUUUCCGGGUCGCGCAAGGAAAGGGUUGGUCUCAGGACACCAUGUCCAGGGUCAUGACCUCGAAGGCAUCAGUGCAAGCAAUCCGUAUGGGUGAUUUCGGGUACAAUGUGCGGGAUGGCUCCAAAACGUUCACUGGUUCCUCUGGCAUUGAAGCGCAUGCAACCUACAAGGGUAAUGACCACGAUUCAGUGGAAGCAGUUGCGUGA